UAGUAUUGUUGAAAUUACUGAAAUAUCACGGCCAUCUAUGUAUCCUGGGGACGCUUCUGGACUUCAAGGAUUGUUCCCGGAGUCUAACAAACAGGCAGAAUUGAAAUUCCUUUUUCAUUGUUGUGUUUUAUUAAGUAAAAAUUUUACCUUAAAAUGGGGAGAAAUUAAUGAAAAUCAUUUAGAUAGAAUUAACCAAUUGUUACAAUCUACCCUUCGCUUAAAUAUCAACGAUUAUCGAGAAUCAGCAGUGAAGCAAGAAACUCUUAUUUCAUGGGAAGGAAGCAUUACAUUUGCUUCUGAGGAGGCAAAAAUUCAGACGUUUUGGACACUGUUGCAAAGGUGUCACGUUCCGAAACGCUUGAUAGAUUAUGUUUUUGAUAACAAACUUGCCAACCUUAUUAUUAGAUUUCUUCGACUUGAUGGACACAAAUGUUCAGAUAGUGAAACCUGCAUAGUUUUAUCGUCUUUACAUGUUGAAAAAUACUUAGAAUUCCUCAUUAGUAAACACUUCACCGGAAAAGAUGAAUCAGAUAUGGAAGAAAAUUCUGUCCUCAAAAAGAUAAUAAUUGAUGAUGAAUAUGUGCAAGAGAAAGACGGUACAAUUAAAGAUUUUGUAAUAACCUAUGCUUUUAGAUAUAAGGAACACACAAAAUCAUUUGUAUCAAAAUACUUUCGAUCCCAAGGCUACAAAGCAGAGUCGGGAGAAAGUUGUAUCUGCUUAUCGGAGAAGGAAACAGAAAAAUUGAUUAAGAUUUUGAAUAUUGACAUAAUAGUUCAUCCUACUAUCUCAGAUGAACAUAUUCAUUUAGAAGUGUCUAAACAAUGCAAGAUACCAUUAGAAGUUCUGAAGUGGAGUCAUCAAGAGCGUAUUCGAUUUCUUAAUAAAAUCAAGUUGGAGAGCACAGAAGUUUUUCAUGCCCGAGGCAUGCUUAUAGGAUGUGCUGGUGCUGGAAAAACAACCUUACUAGGAGAACUUAUGAGAAAAAAUUUGGGCAAGAGAAGACAAAAAACAAAGACCACUAUUGGCCUAGAGGUGCACAAUGAUCUAUUUGUAGUAGAAAAUAACACUUUGCUUGAAUACGACAAAGGCAAAGAUGAUGCUUCAAACUCGUCGAGAAAUCUGAUAAGCAUCACAGACUUUGCUGGACAAGUGGCCUAUUAUGCCUGUCACCAGGUGUAUUUGUCAAGAAGGGCCUUUUAUAUCCUUGUUGUUGACAUGACAAAAGAUUUAGAGUCAACGGUUCCUACUACGAAUAGAAGUGAUAUGAGAGGAUCACUAUUUGAAAACUGGACGUACAAGAACUUUUUCCGGUUCUGGUUGCAAUCAAUACAUACAUACUGUGACGAAAGAGAAGAUUUUAUUCUGCCUGAAAAAAGAAACAAGGAUCUGAGUCCAGUUAUACUCGUGGCAACCCAUGCAGAUAAAAUACAGGAAAGCCAUUGCAUAUGCCCAGGUUCUCAUUCAAACGAGGAAGCAAAGGACGGGUUGUUUUAUGACUCUUUGAUAAAAUGUAUUCCUGGAGACCAGAGUCUGGUGGGACAUCUAUCAUUCGAUCAUUAUUUUGAAGUUGGAUUUCCACCUAGAAUGCCAUGGACAAAAAACAAAGACAUAGAAAAAAUAAGAAAAGCGAUUGUCGAUACCGCGGAAGCAUUAUCACACUGGGGUGAAAGAAUACCUAAAGUAUGGAGUGACUGUGAAAAGUUUUUAAAAGAAAACCAACAGAAACAAAUCAUUUCAAGAAAUGACAUGACGAUGUUUUUCAGAAAUAAUUAUCCUGAGACUGAAAAGGAUAUCAAUGUGGGUGAUAUUCUAAAAUUCUACCACGAAGUAGGAUUAAUCUUGCAUUUUCCAAAUGAAAGCUUAAAAGAUGUUAUAAUCGUUGAUGUGCAGUGGUUUGUCGAUGCUUUUAAGCAUAUCAUAACCGACCCGAAGCAUUUUGAUAAACAUUACAGAAAUAACAAUGAGUUCAACUUAUUUAACAAGUUUGGAAUUUUGUCUGACAUACUAUUGCAGGAAAUAUGGACACAUAAUAAAACAACAAAGUCGUGUAUUCAACACAAGAGCAAAAUAAUACCCUAUAUGAACAAAUUAGGUCUUAUUGCAGAGGUCGAUUAUGAAACUGCAAAUCAAACUGACGCAGAGAAAUCGGAAAUAGUGGAUGAAGUGAAGUACUACAUUCCGAGUAUGAAUAAAAAGGACUUCGAUCUAUCCUCUAUUGGUAAAAUAAUGUCCUGCCAAAAGACGUCUAUUCUACAUUUUAAAUUCACAGACUUUAUCCCGCAUUUCUUUUUUUACCGCCUGAUUGUGGCUUGUAUCGGUAAAUGGAAAGUAUUAGAUAAAGGCAAGAUGCUUUAUAAAGAUAUAGCUUUUUACAUGACAGAUAGACAAGGGUAUCAUAACAUAGCAAUUGCAAUAAACGAAUCUUGUAUCCAAGUGCAAAUGUUUAGAAGAGAUAAUAGAGAACUGGAAAUAGAACACACGUUAAGCUGCAGAGAAAUGAUUGAAGAAAUGAUUGGGAAAAUUACAUCAACAUUUCAUAAAUCGGUGAAAUAUGUUACUGGAUUCUCAUGUAAAGAUAUCAAUUUAACUGAAGAAAGUGAGAAAAAGUUCAUAGAAGAAAGAGACAUAAUCAACAAGGUUCAUGAAUUCGCAUGUCCAAAUCAUGUCGAUAAAAACCAUAUUGUCAAUAGAGCAAAGCUCCUAGAAUACUGGGUAAAAGACGACGAAGAAAAAUAAAACUCAGACGUAUUCAUAAAUGUACAGUAUACCAAAAUACCAAAAACAAUACAGCUUAUUUACCAUAAGGAAAAUAAAUAAGAUGUUCACAUGCAUAAAAGAAUGAAGAUAAUGGUGCUGUACGAGUGGGUUAUCUAAAUUAAUUUUGCAUUUGUUCAAUGCUUAAUGUUUACGUUGCUAUAAUUUUUUAUUAAUGCAUUUACACUGUAACUAUGUUUCAUCCUUUAAUAAAUAAUGCAUAUAGAUUCUGUUUAUGGAUAAUCGAAAAGUUUAUUUCAUCCGCGAUAAGAAGACUGUAUUUGUUCAGAUUCUUAACAAUGUCAUGUAAAAUCUUAAAAGAACCCCUUUAAGCGCAUCUAAUAAAAUGCUAACAAGUAUUUAAUGUCGUUUAAUGUGGAUAUGUUAAUCAUUUGAAGGCUGCAAAUGUAAACAAAAAUAUGUUUUAUUUGAUUGCAUGCAGAAUUUUUGAUUGUUGGUGGGAAAGUUUGAAUUCAAAGGAAGCUAUAGAAAAAAAUCUUUUCUCAAAUAGUCCUUUAAGGUAAAAAUAUUUUUAAAAAGACACAAGCACAUAGGAGUAAUGCAAAUAUUUUUUUUUAUCUGUUUUGUUUUUCCAAUGUCCUUAAAAUCAAAUCCAAAAUUUAAUUUAUUUGAAAUUAUGAUUUAUUGCAUUAAUAUCUUGAAAUAAAAAUAUACUUA